GCAAACCUCUGGUGUAGCACAAGGCUGAAGGGACGAGACUUCGAGGAGACAGGCUCAAACAUGAGGAUGUUAAUUCCUUCAGUUCUUUUGCUUACAGCAAAUUAUCUUUCAUUAGCAACCGUUGUCCUAGACUUUAAUCAUGUGGAGAGAUGUAAGGACUCCCUAUACAUGGGGACACCACCACGAGGAAUUGUAGACUUCAAGCUGAAGAAGAUCUGCCAGCGCUAUGCAGACAAACCUCGAUAUGUGACACUGUAUGAUCCUCAGAAACGGAUUCCAGUUUACUCAGCUUACACCUUUAAGAAAACAGAGGGAGACAGACGUGUGGACUACCCUUGGAUGUAUGAACCUCAGUUGGCAGAAAUUGAUGGAAAUGGGAACAUGUUGCCUUUCCCCACUGGCUACCUCCACAUGAAGUUUGAGGACAGCCAGGCAGUGCUAGAUGACUACUCUGACGUUGUCCUCUAUGAAAGAGGUCACUUAAAUCCAGACCAACACCAGUCCACUCCACACGACCGCGCUGCCACCUACACACUGACCAAUGUGGUGCCAGAGAUCAGAGAGUUCAACAUCGGACCAUGGCGCGAAUUCGAAGAGCGUAUCAGAGUGCGCCUUAACAACUAUUGCCGUGGCACUGCAUACAUCGUCACCGGGGUGACCACCAGAGGUAACAUGAUCCGUCGCAACAACCAGGAUCGUGUAGCCAUCCCAGAAGACAUAUGGUCCGCAUACUGCUGCACUGAGUAUGACCGCAACUCCCCUCAUGAUAUGCGCGUCCUCUUCCCAGCCCACGCAGCCUUGGCCAAGAAUGCCAAAGAAGGGAACAGUGUUCAUGAGAUGACGGUGCAGGAGCUGGAGAUGUAUCUGAAAAACCACAUGGAUGUUGACCAGAACCUCCAGAUCUUCUAUGAUAACUGCAUCUCUCCCUCACCUCUUCCUCUUUACCUUCAACACACUAUCUGAGAGAUUUCCAAUUGGCCACUUAUUAAAAAAUAUAUAUAUUUAAAAAGUUAUCACUAUCAUUAAGUUAUCACUAUCACUAAAGAGCUACAUUAUCUUUUGAUUGCAUGAAGAUUUGAAGGUGAAUUUGUUUUUCAACAUCACUCUAUUUUGUUUGAGACCAAUGAGAUGAUAAUGUUGUGUAGGAGGUGAUGUGGAUUAAGAUAAUAAACAAUU